AUGUCUUCUGCUAAAGUCCCUAACAUAACAAGAAUCAAAAGCAACCUAGAAAAGAAGUUUGUUGAUGUUUAUGGGAAUAAUCCCUAAAACUAACAAAUGUUAGAUUACAUUAUAAAAGAGUUAAAAGGUGAAACUGCAUAAAGUGAAAAGAAAACCAAAUCAUCCAAACAAUAACCCCUUUAUUCUGAAGACAAGGCAGUCUAAUCAGUGCCAUAGACUGCCCCUUAAAUGACAGAGAAGUUUAAGGAGAAAACUAAAGAACCAACAAAUUAAAACCCUAAGCUGACAGAAAAACAAUCUAGUCAUCAUGGUAAAUCUGCAUAUGAAGUCGAUUCUCUAAAAUGGGGUAAAUAUGCAAAGGAAUAGGAUUAGAAGUAAAAAUUAGAAGAUGAAGAAAAAUUAAAGAAACUAGCAUAACAAUAGGAAGAUCUAAGAUAGCAGCUAUGCGAAAUCAAAUUGAGGAAACUGAAAGAGAAAGAGGAUGAAAAGAACUCAGAUAUAAGAUUUGCAGAAUAAUAAAAAUAAUUGAUCAAAAAACAAGAAGAACUCUCUAGAUAAAAUAAAGAAAUGAAAGCCAAAUAAAAAAAGGAAGAACUUUAAUAAGUCAAUGCUUACUUAGAUAAUUUAAAAAAAAUGGAAAAAAAAGAAAGAAAAUAAAGAAUUGCAGAAGAACAACAAGAAAUAGCUCAAGUAUUAAGAAAGAUGUAAAUUGAUGAUGAAUAAGAUAAAAAAAAGAAGUUAGAAAAACAGUUAGAAAUGUAGAAGGUGUUAAAAUAAUAUGAUUAGGAUUAAGUUAGAUAAAAGUAGACAAUAGAGAAAGAAAAAGAGGAAGACAGAAAAAUAAUGAAAUAAAACAGUGAAAUUAUAAAGAAAAGGGAUGAAUAAAGAGAGAAGGAGAAAAAUGAUAGAUUAAAUAAAAUUGAUGGCAUUGCCAAUAGGUUCUAAUAAACUGUUGACAAGGAAUUGCAGGAAAAAAUAAAAGAGGAAGAGAGAAAGUGCUAAAAACAUAUGAAGGAUCAAGAAGAAAAGGAAAGGAGAGAAGAAGAAAGAAAGAGAAAGUCAUAGGAGAGAAGAACCAAGGAAAUGACUGAUGAAUUAAAAAGACAAUAACAAUAAAGAGAAGAAGCAAAAAGAAGAGAAAUUGAGGAAGAUAAGUAAUUAGCUAAACAAAUUAAAGAGAAAAUGAUGUAAGAUGAAAAAGUCUCUUUAAUUAAAAGAGAAAAAUAUAAUGAAUAAAUUUAAGAUACAAAUUAGAAAAUUAAAGAUUAAAUGGAAGUUGAAUAAAAUAAGAAAAAGAAAAGAAAAACAUGA